UGGACAAUUUUAUGUAUCGAUUCGCAUGCACCGAAAAAGCAGGUCCAGUAGCGGGAGGGAAUCAAUCCAUUGAAUACCAGCCAAAAACCAAAAACAAAAUUGACCCCAAUCCGACCUACCGACCGAUCAACUUCAUGUAUGGCAUUGAGGAUUGAAUUGUUCAAACCAGAAGGAGGGGAAGUUGUAUUUUUUUUCUUUUUUUUUUCCUGGUUUUAUCCCAUGCAUGUUUUUUCCUUUUCGUCUUUUUCUUUUCGUCCAUCCGAUUUUCACCUGUUUGAUUGUUCGAAUGCAUGCUUCAGGCACGAGGAAAUGAAAUGGGACUUGUGGGACAGGGGGGGAGUUUUUUUUUUUCUUUUCUUUUUUUUUUCUGCGCUGUUCUUACGUGGCGGCUGAUGGACAUGCAGCCAUGUCUUAUUGCUCACCCGUUGGGUUUCGGCCUGCGAGAAAAAUUCUUUCGAU